GGUCGUUAGUUGUCACUACGUCAUUAAAUUAUCGUCAGUUUAUACGCGUGUAUAAAAAAUCGGGCGAGUGUACCUACAUAUUUUAUAACAAUUGUGAAACAUUAUGUUCUAAGAAAGCUGAUGCCACACCGAAAUACCUGUUAUACCUAAACAUACAUCACCACUCGUCUCUUUAAUAUAAUAUAGUUCAUCGAUCGAGUAUAGUUACAAUUUAAUUAUUUAUAUCAAUCGUUCAAUCACAAUGUCGGUCUAUGAAAACGUAGACUACAAUGGCUUGUUGGCGAAAAUGGACCAAAAAUCGUUUGUGAUCGAUGUCCGUGAACGUCACGAGCUUGCUGCGACUGGAUCGUUACCCAACAGUAUAAACGUUCCACUCGGUGAGUUGGAAAACGAUUUGAACCUGCCCGAUGACGUAUUCAAUGAAAAACAUCAAGUGCCUAAACCCGACAAAGAUAACGAAAUCGUAUUCUCCUGUGCUCGGGGAAAUAGAAGUCGUCGUGCAGCUGAAAUUGCUUUCAAACUAGAUUACAAAAAGUUAUUUAAUUACACAGGUGGUUGGACUGAAUGGUCGGUGAAACAUCUAAGUACAUAAGAUUAUUUAAAACUUGGAAACAAUCAAGUGAAGUACUAAAUAAGUACCUAGUACAUAUUAUAUUAUAUGUAUCUACUACACGUGUGAUAAGUGACAAUAAUUGGCGAAAUGUAAUAUUUAAAUCAUAAUAAUUUAGCAGUAAUUGCAUACUACAAUGGCCACAAAUAUUAAUUACAAUUUUAAGGGAGUUGGGAAUCUAAUAGUUAUUACUUAUUAGGUAGGUACUAUCUACCAAUACUGUAUCAUAUUUUUUAUGUCUCAAUUUCUGUUUAUCUUCUUGGUGUGUUUUAUCUUUUUAAAUACACCUAAUCAUUUUAAUACCAAAUGGCUAAUACUUAUACAUAAUUUUAU